AACGGUGGAGACAAUCCAGGCAUUGAUACUCCUGGCUGCCACCGACACGCUGAUGUAGCCAUGUUGGACUGGAAAUGCGAUCCUACAAUUCCUGUCAUGGUUCAGGCGGAUAUCGAUUUCAUGGAGUAUUCACAGCAAUCACACAUUAAUGUUUCAGAUGGCACAACACAUGCUGUCGACACCGCGGCCGAUCGGCCAUAUGACUCGGGUUCCCUGCAGUCAACCGAUGACCUGGUAUUUACUGGAUUCAGCGAUCCGGACGAUGCUCAAGACAUCCCAACGGAGACCUAUGAUGCUUCCCUGCAGUCAACCGAUGACCUGGUGUUUACUGGAUUCAGCGAUCCGGACAACGCUCAAGACGUGCCAACGGAUACGCAUUAUGGUAACUGCAUAUCGAAGCUGGAAUGCAAGCCUUCAAUGAUCACGCCCAAUGAGCACUGCAAUAUUAUGGAUUUCGCUGGAUGUUUGAUAUCAUCACGCACCAACAACAGUUAUUCCAGUGGCAUAUCGGCCAUGGUGACGUUUGACGGUUCCGACCCAUGUAGCCAACCAUCGACAUCGAUGUCGGAGGGCGCUCUUGUCAAUAAAGAGCCCAGUAUUUACAUUGAAGCUCGUUCUCAGGAGAGUAUCGAUGUAGCUACUUCUCCUCCACUGAAGUCAAGAUUACGUGACCGCAUGAAGCAGAAGCCCACUGGAAAGAUGCCCGUCACGAGGCAUCCGACAUUGCAACCUACACGACCUGUGCUAUUUGCCGCCAAACGGAACACCAUUAGGCAGAAGGUUAAGCCAACAAAUCGGAAGUCGAACAAGAACAAAUACACUCUACAAGAUCUCGUGGACGAAACACUGGCACAGUUGAAUGACACACCUUCAACACCUUGUAUUGAUAUGUUUUUGAUGGACCAAAACGGAUAUCAGUUUGUUCAAUCUACAAUCCGUUCUCACCAUGAGUCAUGGUUGGCGGUGGCUGGGUAUGUUGCAUCACUCCUGCGCAAAAAACUGAUACAUGGUGAUAUGAGAAAAAUGGCGUUGUCUUUGAUGUCAAUCGAAUUCUGGCUGAACGACAUAGCAAAGGAAUGCCGCGACGGCUUCCUGCAUAAGGACACAGACAUCCUGAUGUCACCAUUUGCCGAUCAUGUCCUGCAGGAAUUUUCAACUCGAGCACUAUCAGACGAGGCAUCUGUGUGUAGUGUAUUGCAGAGGAUUUGGAGUCAUGACAUCGGUAAUGAUGUGAUGUCGGUGCUGCGAUAUUUACUUCGCAACACUAAACAUCACAACGAUGACCCAUACGCGCCCGGCCUUAGGGUUCUAGCAGUUCUCACAAAGUCCAUGACGAGCGUGCAAUUGGGUUAG